ACCAUUGGUCCGAAGAGUUCAGACGAUCAGAUUCUCGAAAGACCAUCUCUUGAGAAGAUUCAAAUAAGGAGUGGCAGUGCUCAGCCUCCGGUUCGGUUCUCCUCCCGCAUCUUGACAUGACAUGGAAAGCGGCACCACUAACGGCGCUUCAGCGGACAACACGAGCGACAGCAGGGUGACGGGUCGCGCGACCCGAGAGAUGGAAGCGCUGGCACACACCGGACUGCCGCCAUCCCGACCUUCAUGCGCAAGGGGACGUGACGUUGUUGGCAAAAACUUACGGCUUCGAGCCACGGUGAUAAUCGCCUUCACCGAGUCUCACCAGGUGGGGGCCAGGGCCAAAGGGAGAGCGACGAGCGACGGCAUGGAGAAGACAAGGCAGACUGGAUCGGUGAGCGCCGUGUUGGAGCGAUCUCCGCAGUUGUGGGAACCGCGACGGCGAUAGAGGAAGAGUUUCGAUAUGAAGCGGUGGACCAGGAGCUUCGCCGAUAUUACUAAGGCUUUAGUACGGAGCUUUAGGAGCACCUAAGCCACAAUAC